AUGGCCGAGCUUCAAUCAGAAGUCGCCCGACUCACCGGGCUAGUAGAUUCAGCGGAGGCGAACAAACAAGAGGCCUUGAUCGAGCUGAAGGACCGUUAUCUCUGCGAGCUAGCUAAGGUCGAGAAGAAGAAGAGCGCCGAGAUAACCGAUCUGGAGAAGAAGGUGGAAGACGCGGAAGACCGCGGUUACAAAGAAGGUGAAGCCACCUAUAUCCUGCAGUGCGAAGCUGCUAAGGAUAUAUUUUUGAAAUAUGGAUGGAAAGCAGUCGUGGAGCAGCUCGAUCAUGGCGCAGAGACCGAGGUCUUCCUAAACCCUCCUCCACAUUUCAUACCGAGCUACAUGGCGGAGUAUGCCAACGCCAUUCAACAAAAAUUUCUUCAAGUUGAGGAAGAAGAAGAAGCAUCAGAGCCCAACAAUGCCCGGUCGUCGCCAAUGAUCCCGCUGUUUAGUCAGCUCGGGUGGAGCCACUGGUCUCAUAUGCUUAUCGUAUGGAGAGUGUUGAUACAGCUCAUAUGCUAUUCUGGAAGUGUGAUACCUCUAAAUGCUUAUCUGGUUGAAAUGGUUGGAUUACAGCCUGCGAAAAGGCUUGUUGCAAGCUUUGGAGCUGCUUUAAUGGACUACAACAUUUUGACAAUGUCUGUUGCACCGAGAGAUAAACAUGAAGCUCAAGUACAAUUUGCCCUGGAAAGAGGACUUCCAGCCAUGCUUGGUAUACUUAGUAUCCACAGGUUGCCAUACCCAUCAAGAUCUUUUGAUAUGGCUCAUUGUUCAAGAUGCAUUAUACCAUGGACUGCUUAUGAUGGACUAUUCUUGUUAGAAAUUGACUGUGUUUUGCCCCCUGGUGGUUAUUGGGUAUUAUCUGGGCCACCUAUAAAUUGGAGGGUUAAAUAUAAGGGUUGGGAGAGAACACCACAGGAUCUUGAAAAUGAGCAGAAGAGUUUGGAGGAUCUUGCUAGGCGAUUGUGCUGGAAAAAGAUUAGAGAGACUGGACUAAUUGCAGUAUGGCAAAAACCUACUAAUCAUGUUCAUUGCGCUCAAAAGUUGAAGACUUGGAAAGCUCCAAAAUUCUGUGCUGAAGAUGAUGCAGAUGCUGGUUGGUACAAAAAGAUGGAUACUUGUAUCACUCCUCUCCCAAAGGUCGCAGACGUACAUGAUGUAUCCGGAGGUGCUCUCGAGAAAUGGCCUAAACGAUUGAACAUUGCUCCACCUAGAAUUAGAAAUGCAGUAGCUGUAGGAAUGACUGUCAAGGCUUUUAAUGAGGAUAAUCAGUUGUGGAAAAGAAGAGUUUCAUACUAUGGGAGUGUUCUCAAACCUCUGUUUGCUGGACAAUACAGAAAUAUAAUGGACAUGAAUGCUGGCAUUGGAGGUUUUGCUGCUGCACUUGUUAACUAUCCUGUUUGGGUUAUGACUGUGGUUCCUACUGAUGCAAAAAACAAUACACUCGGUAUCAUCUAUGAACGUGGACUAAUUGGAACCUACAUGAACUGGUAAGACUUAAAGAAAAUU